AUGCGCUGCAUCGUGGCAAAUGCGCUGCGGUGCUCGAAGGCAGGCAGCAGCCGUGGCGACACAGGUGAUGUGCAGUGGCCAUCCUUGGCUGCAGCGUCGUCAUCGCAGGGACGGCGCGCGGCCAAGGACGAAGAAGCCAUGGCAGAGGUGGACGCAUUCGUGCGUGAUCACAUCACAGUGGUGUGUCCGGCGCUUCCGCGCGGCAUGACGCCGGAGGAGGCAGCCAAGAAGUUCACGCGCCAGUACCCAGUGGUGCGGUACUGCGUCGAGCACGGAUUGCCAAUCAUCCCCGUGGAUGACCCGAAGUCGCUGUCGCUGAGCGCCUUGCUGAAGGAGAUGCUGGCCAGCAGGAAAGACGUGACAACCAGUACGACAGGCUCACACGCGCAUCACCUUUACAGGAGCCCCCCUAUGCCGAGCCACCGGGCCUCACAUGCGCUGCCGUCAUCGCCGCGCUGCGGAGCCGGCGCUCUUUUGCCCCCAGCGAAUGGCAAGCCCAACACUAAGGGCUCUUCGCCAUCUUCUGCGUCCUCUGCGACUCCGCACACAUGGGUCGCACAGGGGCGUUCACUGGCGGACUACGACCUCACUGUUGUUGUCUCUUUCCGCUACUUCCUGCCGAAGCGCCUGCUGCGUGUGCUGCCACCCGUGAUCAAUAUGCACCCCUCGCUGCUCCCGCGCUACCGUGGUGCCAGCCCCAUCUUCACUGCACUGUGUCGCAACGAGACGUUGGGCGGCGUGAGCAUCACUCAGAUGAAACCCGAGCAGACGGCAAUGGACUCGGGGAACGUGCUCUGGCAGUGCGAGGUGCCCAUCCCCCUCGACAUGGACAUUCGCUUGUACUUCCCGCUGGUCACCCAGAUCGGUGCCGCUGGCCUAUGCGACCUUAUAUUUGGCGAAGCUCCACCAGCAUGGCGGCCAUCAGCGACGACCGGCGUCGUUUCUGUGCUUGCGCCCCCCUCGCUCUCAGCGCGGCCGUCCGCGUCAUGGUCCCACGGCUGCAGCCGUAGUCAAUCACAAACUCACCAAGACGGCGUCGACUGUCGUUCGACCAAGGCUAAAUCCACCAACGGCGCCACAUCACCGUCGUGGUUUGCGCUGCGUCAGCGCAGUCUGACACCGCUCGUGCACCGUCCCGGCGGCCGCGGCGCGGCGCCGGGCUCGGCUACGUCGCACGGCACACACAUGCUGACGAAUACGCUCUUCAGCGCCACCAAGCUGCCGUUCUUGUCGUCCUUGCCAGCCUCGUCGGAGAACUGCUCCGCGGUGCGCGUUCGCCAAAUGGUGCACACGUUAGAUGACACGACUCUGCGUCACGGCCUUGGUAACUCUGAAGAAUCUCCCAGCACAAAUGGUGCAGAUGUGUGCCACCCCCGCUGCUGUCAACCCUGGAUGACGCUGUGCCGUGCCCCCACCCUUAUCACCCCCGAGGCGGUGCACGCCGCCAGCAGAACGCUUCGUUCGUUAUUCUUCCAGAAUGUGGGGAGCCCUCCUAAUGCUGCUGCUGCUGCACCGGCAAUACCGGCUUGCAGUGCCGCGGCACCGGCAGAGUGCAAAGGCGCGCCAGUGAGCAAGAAGACGGUCUCUCUCAGUGCGGCAGCGGAGAUGGGCGUCACAACCACCAUGAAGUGCGCGGAGGUCUUCCCAGCGUCGGUGCUGAGCCCGUACUGCGACUGGCCAGACAGCUUUACGUACAGCUGGAAGUUUGCGCAGGUGCAGGCGUAUCCCACCUACGCCGACUUCUCCGAGGAUCCCUACCAUGCACCUCUGUUGCCGAAGGAUGCAGCAGUGAUUCGCUUCAGUAGUAUGGACGCAGCCGAAGCGUUCGGUGUCUGGCGCGCCUUCGUCGGCGGGGACUACUUCCAGCCCUCGGUGAAUGCCACGCUCGACAAGGGUAGCACCCCGGUGCGCAACCAGCUAGUGCACCGCGCGUUGCGGCGGAUUCUGCUCAAGCGUGCCAAGUCGCAGGGCACUUUGCAGCAGUACAGCGAGUGCGCGGAAGCAAGGCACGAAAAGAUGUCGGCUGCCACAGUGACCUUGGCUAGCGAGGACAGCGACGUUCCCGUCGGCGUCGUGGCAGGCAAACAUGUUGACCUGGACAUCUUCAGCCCUGCAGGCCUUCAGCUGCUCACGGAGGCGGAGAACACACUACGCAUUCCCUGCACCUUCACACAAGUGGUGAACCCGGUACUGGCACCGGCGUGCGUGUGCGAAGAGUUGGCUGAGGUGGAGCGAAGCGGACAUCCGCAGAGGGGGGCGUCCACGUGCAUGCGUCAGCACCAGUCACAGCAACCUCAUCGAUGCGUCCGCUUUUACCGUGCACCGGCGGCUAUUUUUCGUUCACUGCUAUCCAGCCGUACCAGCGACAGCGCUGCGCAGGAGACGACACGGCGGGCUAGAUACCGGUCUGUCCUUGCGGUGAACGAGCGCGGCACGGCAGGCACAGAUGGCACACACCUGCCCUUGCGGCAGCAACCCUACGAGGCAGCUGGCGAAGGCACCGUCCCUCAUUCAACCACAACGUCACCUCGCGCAGCUUCUUUAACUGCGGCUGAGAAGGGGCAGCGGCAGCCGGGUCAUGGCCACUCGCGUGCCGGUGGUGUAGCUACGGCAGUGCAAACAGAGGAGCCGGGGGAGGACGAGGAGGCACCGGAGGACUACGUGCCGGAGGUCAUCCACGCCGCACCGCCGACGCAGCACCACGUCCACAUCCCUCCCGGCACCGGCUACUUUCUUCAGUGUGACGAAAGCUACGGCGCCAUAAAGUGCAAGGAAGGGUGGUUCCUCUGGAAGGAGGCUCAUAUGAAGUGGGCGAACAAGGCGCAGCCGGCUGUCCUCAUCCGGAAAGGCCUGGCCAUGAAGACAGGUGUGCUGUACGUCGGACUCUUCUCCGAAUACUCGUAG